CAGAGGAAGAAUCCCAUUGUCAAGAGUGUAACGUCCCAGCAAAUUAACUGCGUAUUGUGUUAUUAUUUUACUCUCAAGAAUCUGAAUAAUAGUAUUUUCUCUCACAUUAAAUAAGUACAUAUCUGGAGAUUGGAAACUUUGAGCAUUCCCCAGAGUUGACCCGACUGAACAGCAAUGGGUGACCCUGAGCCAACUUCAUUUGCAUCUGUUGAGGAAGAGAGGGACUUCUGGAAGGAACAGGUUGCCAAAUAUCAGCAGAGGGCUGACGAGGCACAGGAGGAGCUGCAAGAGUUUCAGCAGAUGAGUCGAGACUAUGAGGUGGAACUGGAGGCAGAACUGAAGCAGUGUGAGGCCCGUAACCGAGAACUGCUUACAGCUAACAACAGGCUUCGAAUGGAAUUAGAAAACUACAAGGAGAAGUAUGAAACGCAGCACUCUGAGGCAGUCAGGCAAAUCUCUACUCUCGAAGGUGAUCUAGCAGAGACCACAGCCAUCAAGGAUCAACUACACAAGUACAUACGGGAGUUGGAGCAAGCCAACGAUGACCUGGAAAGAGCAAAGAGGGCCACUAUAAUGUCACUUGAGGACUUUGAGCAGAGAAUGAAUCAUGUAAUAGAGAGAAAUGCCUUCCUUGAGAGUGAGCUUGAUGAAAAGGAGAAUCUUCUAGAAUCAGUACAGCGAUUGAAGGAUGAAGCUAGAGAUUUAAGACAAGAGUUGGCUGUUCAGCAGAAACAGGAGCGUAAACCAUCAUUAAGCCUCUCGAAAGACACCGAAAAGCCAGAAGCCACACCUUCAAGACCCUCUUCUGUGGUUAAUGCCACCCUCCCAUCUUUCAUUGCCACGCCCUCUAGGCCUCCAAGCUCUGGGAGUACAUUCAACACGCCCCUGACAUCGUACAGCCGGAUUGAAGGUCUUACUGGAACUCCUCUUACCACAUCUGCACGGAUAUCUGCCCUCAACAUCGUUGGCGAGUUGUUAAGGAAAGUUGGGAACCUUGAAUCAAAGCUAGCAUCAUGCAGAGAGUUACACAUCCAUGAGAAAACACCCGGUCAUGCAGCGAUUGGCCAGAAUUCACCAAGUAUUUCACGAGAAACCCAAGAAAACCCAAACAAUGCAAAUGGCCUCUACGAGAAAGGGAUGGUGAAACGGUUGGACUUUGGAAUAGGACAGAAGAUAAUGCUGUGAAUAAAGCAUUAUCUGCUUUCACUACACAAGUGUGUCUUUCAUUCCCAAAUCCAUGGGAAAUUAAAAUGAAAAUGCUUUUUCAGGAGCUGAUGCAUAUCUUUAUGCUAUCAUUCUAAUUCUUCCACUCAUCAUUAGUUUUCUGUGAAGGGUUCUGCAUUUGCUGUCACAUCAAACCCCAUUAUAGAGACUUUUAUAUAUCCACUGUUUACCAGCCCUGUCCUCUGGAAGGACUGUACUACCUGUUGUUUUACUGUUGGAAUGUUUGUGUGUGUUGCAGAUGUACUUCUUAAGUUCACACUGUUUGUUUUUUGUUUGUUUGUGUUUUUUUCGAUUUCUGUUGACAGUAGUUUUGACAUGUUUUAUGUGCACUGUAAUCUUAUGAUUUGCUCUUUUUGGAACCAUGAAUUGGGAGAUGCAGGUGACUGAAAAAAGUAUACUUACCUCUGCAACCCCAUUAUAUUUGGCACUGAACUUACUGAACAAUAAUCUGAGUGAAACCUCUAUUGCAUAUACUUAUUGUUGUACACAAGACUGGAGCGAUGUUGACAGCAGGUUCAUUUUAAUGCAGAAAUGCCUGAUUUAAUUUUUUAAAUAUUA